CAGUGACUGUAGCUUCUCCCUGGUCACACAGCAGUGACUGUAGCUUCUCCCUGGUCACACAGCAGUGACUGUAGCUUCUCCCUGGUCACACAGCAGUGACUGUAGCUUCUCCCUUGUCCCACAAAGACCAGUAAACGAAGAGGAAUAACUGUAGUCUGAAGCUGCUCACACACAGUAUCAUGGAGCCCCCGCUUCCCACCUAUUGAAGUUGGGAACCGUCUUUCCAAAGUACUUUCUGUCCAUCUUCUCUCUGUCCAUCUUCUCUCUGUCCAUCUUCUCUCUCUGUCCAUCUUCUCUCUGUCCAUCUUCUCUCUGUCCAUCUUCUCUCUGUCCAUCUUCUCUUUCUGUCCAUCUUCUCUCUGUCCAUCUUCUCUCUGUCCAUCUUCUCUUUCUGUCCAUCUUCUCUCUGUCCAUCUUCUCUCUGUCCAUCUUCUCUUUCUGUCCAUCUUCUCUCUGUCCAUCUUCUCUUUCUGUCCAUCUUCUCUCUGUCCAUCUUAUCUCUGUCCAUCUUCUCUUUCUGUCCAUCUUCUCUCUGUCCAUCUUCUCUUUCUGUCCAUCUUCUCUUUCCGUCCAUCUUCUCUUUCCGUCCAUCUUCUCUUUCUGUCCAUCUUCUCUCUGUCCAUCUUCUCUUUCUGUCCAUCUUCUCUUUCUGUCCAUCUUCUCUUUCCGUCCAUCUUCUCUCUGUCCAUCUUCUCUCUGUCCAUCUCCUCUUUGUGUCCAUCUUCUCUCUGUCCAUCUUCUCUUUCUGUCCAUCUCCUCUGUGUCCAUCUUCUCUCUGUCCAUCUUCUUUCAGUCCAUCUCCUCUGUGUCCAUCUUCUCUCUGUCCAUCUUCUUUCAGUCCAUCUCCUCUUUGUGUCCAUCUUCUCUCUGUCCAUCUUCUUUCAGUCCAUCUCCUCUUUGUGUCCAUCUUCUCUCUGUCCAUCUCCUCUUUGUGUGAGUACAAAGGGACAGUAAAAACCUGCCACUUUGUCACGAUAGGACGGACAAAAGAGAAACCUGCGAUGCGUUGGCCGGAGAUUUUGACACUGCAGGCGGUGUGUGUGUGUGUGAGUGUGUGUGUGGCCAUGCAGCAAUACCCAGCUGCUUGGUCCCACUAUGACGUGUGUAAGAGUCGGAUCUACACAGAGGAAGGGUUAACGUGGGACUACAUGGCCUGUCAACCAGAAGCUACAGUAAUGACCAAGUACCUGACCGUCAGCCUGGACCCGCCCAAUAUCACCUGUGGAGACCCACCUGAGACAUACUGCACACUGGAAAACCCUUACAUGUGCAACAACGAGUGUGACGCCUCCACAGAUGAACUAGCCCACCCUCCGGAGCUCAUGUUCGACUUCGAGGGACGCAACCCCACAACCUUCUGGCAAUCCAGUUCAUGGAAUACGUUCCCCAAACCCCUGGAGGUCAACAUCACGCUGUCCUGGAACAAAACAAUCGAGCUGACGGACGACAUCAUCCUCACCUUCGAGUCCGGCCGCCCUGAGCAGAUGCUUCUGGAGAAAUCGCUAGACUACGGUAAAACCUGGACCCCUUACCAGUUCUACGCUACCGACUGCCUCGAUGCCUUCACCAUGGAGCCCAAGACGGUCAACGAGCUGACCCAGCGAACCCUCCUCGACAUCAUCUGCACCGAGGACUACUCCCGUGGCUACGUGUGGAAGUAUGAUAAAACCGUCCGUUUCGAGAUCAAGGAUCGGUUCGCGCUGUUCGCCGGACCGCGGCUGCACAACAUGGCAUCGCUGUACGGUCAACUGGACACCACCAGGAAUCUGCGGGACUUCUUCACGGUGACGGACCUGAGGAUACGGCUGCUGAAACCGGCCACCGGGGCCACCAUGGUGGAUGAGAACAACCUGUCCAGAUACUUCUACGCCAUUUCUGACAUCAAGGUGCAGGGAAGGUGUAAGUGUAACCUGCACUCCAACAGCUGUGUGUUUGACAAGGACAAGGGGAAGCUGGGGUGUGAGUGUGAACACAACACAACAGGACCAGACUGCGGCCGCUGUAAGAGACACUACCACGGACGACCCUGGAGCGUUGGAUCCUACCUGCCCAUCCCCAGAGGAACUGCUAACAUCUGUAUCCAAAGCAGUCAUGGACCAGUGCAUCGAGCUAAUGCUUCAUCUCUAGGUGUUGCAAACCGUAAUCAAGCUCAUGUGUGUGACAACGCCAUGCUUCUCUGUCAGAACGGAGGAACGUGCCACCACCAUCAGCGGUGCCACUGUGCUCCGGGUUUCAAAGGCGUCCUGUGUGAGAGGACACGAUGCCAGGUCCUCGGGCCCUGCGAGGAGUACCCCACUGCUGGGCAGCUAUCCCUCCACCACCCUCUCCUCCUGGUCCCUCCAGGUCUGCUCCUCUCCCUACUGCUCCCCCUGGUGGUGAUAUGGUUCUGCUAAGAAUUGUUGUAUUCAUUACAACUGGCCAGUGAACUUUCAACUUGGAACUGAAGAGGUCCACUUGGCCAUAUGGCAGCCAUGUUGUCAUUUUGAAGGACAGCAGGGCAGGACCUAAUGCAAGUACGUUCUGGGACAGCAGAAAGACACCUUAGAUCAGAACCACAGAAAAGAGAAAGGAAUUCAGCCCCGAAGGUCAUGGGAUCAAGCAGGGACACUAAAGGGAUAUUACGUGCCCUGGUCCGUGGUAUAAAUAAGGAACCUUUAUUUAAUGUCAUAAUAUGAUGAUGGCUGAUAAACUGAAUGGAUAGCGAAGAAAUGCUACUUUUGGUCAGAGAGAGACAGACAGACAGACAUAAGUCAACUUAAGGAGCUUAGACAUGGGCUGCGGUAAAUGGCAAUUGAACCAUCAGAAAAUCCGCAUACCGUCUGUAGAGACCAGCGAUCCCGGUUGUUGUCAGCUCGAAUAUUGUCAUUAAAACAUUGUUUGAUUGGUUGACAAGAUGAACGAUGCUCAUCGGUCAACAUUGUGCACCGACCGCUCAAGACUUCAGCUAAUUUAAUCAUUUUGGCGCCUUGAGCUCCAAGCCAGCGGAGCUGCUUACGGAGAAAGCACCACGAACCGCGUCGCUUACAAAUAAAACACUCGUAAUUUUCCAAUAGUGGCGGGCGGAAGUUUAUGUGACCUUCUCUGCUUACCGUGGCCCGUCUGUAAACGCCUUUAUAGUACAAUCUACAAUCUUCAAUCUCACUAUGGUCCUGUCCCAAUUGACACCCUAUUCUCUAUAUAGUACACCCAGUGGGUUCUGGUCAACAGUAGUAGACUGUAUAAGGAAUAUGGGUGCCAUUUAAAGGGAUAGUACACCCAAAUUACAAAAUGACACAUUGGCUAUUUUAUCUUGUAACCAGUCUAUGGACAUGUUAUGAUAGAAAUCCGUGCUUUGGUUUUAAUUCCCUGGCACUGUUUCCAAAUGCUAAGGUUUAUCAUUAUAGUACAAAUUAUUAUUAUUUUCAUUUUUAAAAUUUUUACAAGUCAGUUAAUAAGAACAAAAUCUUAUUUCCAAUGACGGUCUACCCCUGCUAAACCUGGACAACGCUGGGGCCAAUUGUGUGCCGCCCUUUGGGACUCCCAAUAACGGCCGGAUGUGAUACAGCUUGGAUUCCAAACAGGGACUGUAAUGACACCUCUUGCACUGAGAUACAGUGCCUUCAGACCACGGCGCCACUCAGGAGCCCAAAUACCAUGUAGGUCCUAGUAACGAUUUUUUGAAAAUUUUUCGCUCAUCAUGUUUAAAUCAUCCGGAAGUAUAUAAAAUAGAUUUUUGAAGCUCAACAAAGUUACGUAUAGAUGAUAUGAAAAUGAUUUGUGAAAAAUGCUAACAUCAGUACCAGGACUUGUAAGGAUUUGUGCCGAAAAUGUUCAAAAAUAAAUAACAUUUGGAAACUAAACCAAAGCAUGGAUUUCUGUCAAACCUUGUCCCCAGACUGCUUACAAAGUAAGAAAACCAUGAUGUAAUUUUGGAAUUUGGGUGAACUCUCAGUUUAAGACACAUCUAAUGACAACAGAUGUUGGUAUACCAACGUGUGACCUAGAAACAAUGUUGACAACGUUCUCAUUCUUUGGGAACAGAUGAAUAGUCUUCACAGAGGUUAUGCCACUCAAUGUGGGCCAACCAAACUGUAGAAAAAUCACUCUGGAUCUGUCAUCUGCAUUACAAAGUGGUUGAGAAGGCACUCUUGGUAUACAGUGCCUUGCGAAAGUAUUCGGCCCCCUUGAACUUUGCAACCUUUUGCCACAUUUCAGGCUUCAAACAUAAAGAUAUAAAACUGUAUUUUUUGUGAAGAAUCAACAACAAGUGGGAUCAUGAAGUGGAACGACAUUUCCUUGUUCUUCAUGAUGCUCUCUGCGCUUUUAACGGACCUCUGAGACUAUCACAGUGCAGGUGCAUUUAUACGGAGACUUGAUUACACACAGGUGGAUUGUAUUUAUCAUCAUUAGUCAUUUAGGUCAACAUUGGAUGAUUCAGAGAUCCUCACUGAACUUCUGGAGAGAGUUUGCUGCACUGAAAGUAAAGGGGCUGAAUAAUUUUGCACGCCCAAUUUUUCAGUUUUUGAUUUUUUAAAAAAGUUUGAAAUAUCCAAUAAAUGUCGUUCCACUUCAUGAUUGUGUCCCACUUGUUGAUUCUUCACAAAAAAAUACAGUUUUAUAUCUUUAUGUUUGAAGGCUGAA